CAGCUGAUCGGCCUGUUUCUUGUGAGCAUUGACAGCGCUUUUUCGGACGCUCGCCCUUUUCUGCGCGCUUCCCUCCCUCCCGGCCUCCGCUCGUGGCUCCAAGAUGACAACUCAGAACGACCUGCUCACCGAGCUGCGCAGCUACUGGGAAUUUGCCUCCGUUUGUCAAUUCCUGCACCUAUUCAGUAAAGGCCUCCGGGUGGAGGGCUUCGAGACCGAGGAUCUGGAGAACCAGCUAAUUAGCGACACCUUGACCCACAACCUCGCCGUCUUGCACAUCAGCUUGCUGAAAGCCCUUUUUGGUCCCCCGAACUCAAGACUCAUCACAUACGAGAGCUGGCAGCAAUACCUUGUACGAGAAUACACGAAACGGGAGCUUGAGUGCGAGCUCAGUGGUCCGGACGCAGAGUACGGUAACCUGCCUCUUCGCGAAAGGGUCCUCAUACUCUAUCACCUCUGCGAAUGGCAGUUGGAUAACACGGAUAGAUUUCGCGCCGCCGUUGGGGAUGAGGAUGAAGGGGAAUGGAGAGUAGAGCCUGUCGGGACAGAUACGAAAGGGAAUACAUACUGGCUCUUUGACGACAAUCGGCUUUAUCGCGAAAGCCCAGCAGCGGCACCAGCCAAAGGAGGGAACAAGAAGAAAGGGCGGAGGCAAUCCGGCAAACAGGAAUCCGGUUGGGUUCUGGAAUGUGCCACGAUCGAAGAUUGGGAAGCUUUCCCCGACAGAUUCGCUAGAUCUAGGAGCCUGCUGGAAAAGGAUUUCUGCCAAUUCCUGAGGGACGAGAUCAUUCCGAAAGUGAUACCAGACCUGCAAGCAAAAGAGAAAGUUAAAAAAGUGGAAGAAGCAAUGUCCAACCGUAAACGGUCGUCGCGGCUGCAAAUGCGGGAGCUGGAGCAGGAGGAGCAGAAGCGGCAGCAGCAGCUGGCACAAGAGAGGAGGGAGCUUCAACGACAAGAGAGGGCGGAAGCGGAUAAGCGGACGAAGGAGGAAAUGGAACGAAUAAGGCGAAUCGAAGCCCGCGAGCAACGGAUAGCGGAAAGAGAAUCACGGCUGCGCAAGAUACCCAGAGUCUCCGAUGGCCCCAUGCCGACGCUGGAUGAGGUUGCGGCCGCACAGUCUGCGGAGCUGAAAUCGAGAGCCUCGUCGCGACAGAAGCGGAGGAAGAAGGAGGAGGAGGAGGAAGAUGAAGAUCGAUGGUACUUCGAUUGUAUAUGUGGGGUUCAUGGGGAGAAUCUUGACGAUGGCGCACCAAUGAUCGCCUGCGGCAGAUGCAACGUCUGGCAACACAUCGCCUGCCUAGCCCGCGCCAACGGCGACACGGGCAACGUCGACAUCAAGAAAUGGGAAGAGCUCGAUUUCGUCUGCAAGAACUGCGAGGAGCGCAAGGCAUCCCUGAGCAACAGCAGCAGCGACGAAAGCACGCCGGUGACGGAAGAUGUCAUGACCACGACGUCUCAUUUGUCGGCAUUGGGUACACCGAACGGUUUUGCAGACCUCUUACCGCAAACCGCGUCACAUUUACCGCAGUUCAACGGCACACCCAUAACCCAUCAACAACCCCACGCCGCUGGCCCCCACAGCCAAAAUGGCACCUCAACACCCCAAUCCUACAUACCCCCCACCCAUGUCGUGCCCCUCAACCACUCAACAGCAACGACCCUUCCCCUCAUCCCCGACACAGCCUUUCACCCCGUAUCCAUAACCCCAGCCGUUGGAUGAGAGGGGGCAGAAGGAGGUUGAGAGGAUGGGGGAGAGGAAGGGGGUGGUGGGUGGAGGAAUAGGACUUGGGGAUGUGGGGGCGCUGGGGAGUCCGCCGAAUCCGGCUGGUCCGCCCGGGAUUGGGGCUCGCCCGCCUGCUUCCGUCGUGCCUGCGGCUCAGCCCG